CGCCGCGCCGGCCGGGCCGCCGCCGCCACCGCCUCUGCCGCCUCCGAAACCGCCCGAGCCGCGGGAAGAGCCGCCCCCGCCUCACCGGCCUCGGCUCGGGCUGCCAGCGCCGCCGCAGCCGCCACCGGAGCCGGAGCGGGAGCCCGACCGCGCUGGGCUGGGCUGGGCUGGGGCGGGCGCAGGGCGCAGGGGCGGGCGCGCGGGAGAAGACGCACGGGCGGGCUCGGCUCUCCCGGGGAGCGGCCCGGGACUGCACCCGGACCGGCGCCUCCCCGCUCCGAGCUGCCCUCGGCCUCGCCCCGGGCCCGGGCGGAUGAGCCGCGCGCCCGGGGGACAUGGAAGCGCUGACGCUGUGGCUUCUCCCCUGGAUAUGCCAGUGCGUGUCGGUGCGGGCCGACUCCAUCAUCCACAUCGGUGCCAUCUUUGAGGAGAACGCGGCCAAGGACGACAGGGUGUUCCAGCUGGCCGUAUCCGACCUGAGCCUCAACGAUGACAUCCUGCAGAGCGAGAAGAUCACCUACUCCAUCAAGGUCAUCGAGGCCAACAACCCGUUCCAGGCGGUGCAGGAAGCCUGCGACCUCAUGACCCAGGGGAUUUUGGCCUUGGUCACGUCCACCGGCUGUGCGUCUGCCAACGCCCUGCAGUCUCUCACAGAUGCGAUGCACAUCCCACACCUCUUUGUCCAGCGCAACCCAGGAGGGUCUCCGCGCACUGCCUGCCACCUGAACCCCAGCCCUGACGGUGAGGCCUACACGCUGGCCUCCAGACCGCCCGUGCGCCUCAAUGACGUCAUGCUGAGGCUGGUGACAGAGCUGCGCUGGCAGAAGUUUGUCAUGUUCUAUGACAGCGAGUAUGAUAUCCGUGGGCUCCAGAGCUUUCUGGAUCAGGCCUCGAGGCUGGGCCUUGAUGUCUCUUUACAAAAGGUGGACAAGAACAUUAGCCACGUGUUCACCAGCCUCUUCACCACCAUGAAGACGGAGGAGCUAAACCGUUACCGAGACACGCUACGCCGCGCCAUCCUUCUGCUCAGCCCGCAGGGGGCCCACUCCUUCAUCAACGAGGCCGUGGAGACCAACCUGGCUUCCAAGGACAGCCACUGGGUCUUUGUGAAUGAGGAAAUCAGCGACCCGGAGAUCCUGGAUCUGGUGCACAGUGCCCUUGGCAGGAUGACCGUGGUCCGGCAGAUUUUCCCAUCUGCAAAGGACAGCCAGAAAUGCAUGAGGAACAACCACCGCAUCUCCUCCCUGCUCUGUGACCCCCAGGAAGGCUACCUUCAGAUGCUGCAGAUCUCCAACCUCUACCUGUAUGACAGCGUCCUGAUGUUGGCCAACGCCUUCCACCGGAAGCUGGAGGACCGGAAAUGGCAUAGCAUGGCAAGCCUGAAUUGUAUACGCAAGUCCACCAAGCCAUGGAAUGGAGGGAGGUCCAUGCUGGACACAAUCAAAAAGGGCCACAUCACUGGUCUCACAGGGGUGAUGGAGUUUCGGGAGGACAGCUCGAAUCCCUACGUCCAGUUUGAAAUACUUGGCACAACCUACAGUGAGACCUUUGGCAAAGACAUGCGUAAGCUGGCGACGUGGGACUCAGAGAAAGGCCUGAAUGGCAGCCUGCAAGAGAGGCCCAUGGGCAGCCGCCUCCAAGGACUGACUCUCAAAGUGGUGACUGUCUUGGAAGAGCCUUUCGUGAUGGUGGCUGAGAACAUCCUUGGACAGCCCAAGCGCUACAAAGGGUUCUCCAUAGAUGUCCUGGAUGCACUGGCCAAGGCUCUGGGCUUCAAAUAUGAAAUUUACCAGGCCCCCGAUGGCAGGUAUGGUCACCAGCUCCAUAACACCUCCUGGAACGGGAUGAUCGGGGAGCUCAUCAGCAAGAGGGCAGACCUGGCUAUCUCCGCCAUCACGAUCACCCCGGAGAGGGAGAGCGUUGUGGACUUCAGCAAGCGGUACAUGGACUAUUCGGUGGGGAUCCUAAUCAAGAAGCCCGAGGAGAAGAUCAGCAUCUUCUCUCUUUUUGCUCCGUUUGAUUUUGCCGUGUGGGCCUGCAUUGCAGCAGCCAUCCCUGUGGUGGGUGUGCUGAUAUUUGUGUUGAACCGGAUCCAGGCCGUGAGGGCUCAGAGUGCUGCCCAGCCCCGACCAUCCGCUUCAGCCACCUUGCACAGCGCCAUCUGGAUAGUCUAUGGAGCCUUCGUACAGCAAGGUGGCGAAUCCUCAGUGAACUCCAUGGCGAUGCGCAUCGUGAUGGGCAGCUGGUGGCUCUUCACCCUCAUUGUAUGCUCCUCCUACACAGCGAAUCUUGCCGCAUUCCUCACGGUGUCCAGGAUGGACAACCCUAUAAGGACAUUCCAGGACCUCUCCAAACAAGUUGAUAUGUCUUACGGCACCGUCCGGGAUUCUGCUGUGUAUGAGUACUUCCGAGCCAAGGGCACCAACCCCCUGGAACAAGACAGCACGUUUGCUGAACUCUGGCGGGCCAUCAGCAAGAACGGAGGGGCUGACAACUGUGUGUCCAGUCCUUCGGAAGGCAUCAGGAAGGCAAAGAAGGGGAACUAUGCCUUUCUGUGGGAUGUGGCGGUGGUGGAGUACGCAGCCCUAAUGGACGACGACUGCUCCGUGACUGUCAUUGGCAACAGCGUCAGCAGCAAGGGCUAUGGCAUUGCCCUACAACAUGGCAGCCCCUACAGGGACCUUUUCUCCCAGAGGAUCCUGGAGCUGCAGGACACCGGGGACCUCGACGUGCUCAAGCAGAAGUGGUGGCCGCACAUGGGCCGCUGUGACCUCACCAGCCCUGCCAGUGCCCAGGCCGACGGCAAAUCCCUCAAGCUGCACAGCUUCGCUGGGGUCUUCUGCAUCCUGGCCAUUGGCCUCCUCCUCGCCUGCCUGGUGGCCGCCCUGGAGCUGUGGUGGAACAGCAACCGGUGCCACCAGGAGACCCCCAAAGAGAGCGGGUACAGCAUGAGCAGCGCCAGAGAGCCCUUCCCUACCCUGCCCCGCCCAUGUGCCUCCCUGACCUGGAGAGAACAACUGUAGGGACAAAGAAGUGAAUUUGGAGCAGGUUCACCGGCGCAUGAACAGCCUAAUGGACGAAGACAUUGCCCACAAGCAGAUUUCCCCAGCGUCCAUUGAGCUUUCGGCCCUGGAGAUGGGGGGCCUGGCUCCGAGCCAGGCCUUGGAGCCCACGCGAGAGUACCAGAACACGCAGCUCUCGGUCAGCACUUUUCUGCCCGAGCAAAGUGGCCACGGCACCAGCCGGACACUGUCAUCGGGGCCGGGCAGCAACCUGCCGCUGCCCCUGAGCAGCUCUGCCACCAUGCCCUCCAUGCAGUGCAAACACAGGUCGCCCAACGGGGGGCUGUUCCGCCAGAGCCCGGUCAAGACCCCCAUCCCCAUGUCCUUCCAGCCUGUGCCGGGAGGCGUCCUUCCAGAGGCCUUGGACACCUCCCAUGGCACCUCCAUCUGACCGCGCCGCCUGCCCUGCCGCCCGUCCAUCCACCCACCCGACCAGCAGAGCUUUUUAAUACAAGAAAACAACCACACAAACCACACACACACGUGCACACACACACACACACACACCACACAGAGACUCUUUCAUUUUUCUUGUACAUACGUGUAAAUAAUGACAGAAUGGAGUGGGGUAAAAGUGUAUUUUGAAUAUUCCCAAUUUUCGAAGUCAGUAAAAAAAAAAAAAAACACAAAAACUGUAUGAAUGACUUUGUAAAUUUUGUUCUAUAUGAAUAAAAAGGCAAAUUACUUGUGAUCAUUCUGAAGUGCCAAAGAAGCCCCCUGUUCCUGGGCCUUUCUGAAGGCAGGAGGGGUGAUCAGAUAAGGAGCCCCUUCCUGCCAGGGGAGAGGGGAAGAUGAGCAGCUAUUCCCUUUAGAGGAGCCCCAAAUGCUGCUUGUUGCCAUGUCCCAUGGUUUCCUGCCACGUUCCUCUGCUCCUGGCCCUUUGUUCCUCUUUAAUCCUUUUGGGUAGACCAACAGGGAGCCAGCAUUGGCGUGACCCCAGGCCACUCUGCUAUAGGGUGAUCAGCUGUUCCUGUCAGCCUGGGACUUAGGAGGCUCCUGGGACAUGGGGCAGUCCUCUUGGUCACCCACCGCAUGACACCGUGUGCUGUGGGCCCGAGAGAGGCACCCCCAGUGAGGCGACCGUCUCUGGGAGCUUCGAUGCUGACAUGCUCUAGGGUCAUACUAUUGGCCUUGUUUUUUACUUUCUUUCCCCAGUUAGAAGAAUCCACAAGUGAUAGAAUAUGGGAAAAGGCAGAUAGGCCCCAUCAUUGGCUCUGGAGGCUUGGCAGAGUUGGGCUUGUCCUUGUCCGUGGGAGUAGAGAAAUGCUAGGUGAGGUGUGUGGGCCAGGCGAGAUGGUGAGACGUGAGGCUAGGGAGAGGGAGAAUAUCCCUUUGGGUUUGUGACCUGUAGUUUCAGGUCAAAGGAUUCUGUUGGAGAAGUGGAGGGAUGUACCCCAGGUGAGCAGACCAGUGCUCUAGGUGAUGGCUAGUGCUGGGAAUAGAUCAAAGGGACCAUGUUCAUUCAGAGUGGAAGGAGCCUUGGCUCCUAGAGAAGGAGCAGCAUAACUUGGUGUGAUGCGAAGACAAGUAACUCAUCCCCCAGGGAAGCAGCCCCAAAAGUGAAAGGGUGUCUCCAGGUCUAAAACCCUGCAGGCAGUCUGCCAAGGGGCCAGAACCCAGUCCUCACUUACUGCUUUGCCCCCUUCUCCAGACCAGAAGCCCUCACACUGAGAGCCAGCCCAUAGCAGGGGCCCCUCCGUCUAGGAGCAUCGUAUGGUCUCUGAGCUUCCCAGGACUAUCCCUGAACUGGCCAACCUGCUGGGAAGCUCUGUUCCUUAAGGCUAGGAUAACCAGACUGCCACACCUCCCUCCCUUGUCUUUCCUAGGGGCAAUUAAAACCAUAGAACCAGACAAGGAACCACGAGGAGCAGAGCAGUUCGAGUAAUCUUCAGCUCUUCUCCUAAAGACAAAGGUGAUUCUGCUGUCCUAACCUGCCAGGAUAGUGAACACAGCCCACAUCGGGCACCCAGAAGGCUGGACUCCUGACCCCACACCCAUCUCCCUGGGCUAGGCAGUAAUCAGGGAGCUGAGAGUCCGUCUGUGGUCAUUGAGAAAUACAAAGACUAUUGACUGAAUCUCCUUUAGCCUUGUAGAGUUAGUCCAGAGGUGUAUUUAGGAGGGUGAUAACUAGCCCCGGAUUGAUUUCUCUCCUGAAGUCCUGACUGACAUGAUUGAGCAGAAAGGAACGGCUGCAUCACAUAGUCAGCUAAAAGCACCCCGGGGAGAAGAGUGUUUAUAAUUAUGUUAUUUAUCUCUGGAAGCUGAGAAUGGCCUGAUUAUUAGUGCUACCGAGGCGAUCCAUUGACAUUUCUCCAAUCAGCGUGGAGAGCCAGGAGCCGGGCGCAUGCGCACAGCGAAGCCUGGGUGGGCCGCGUUUCCCUGAGGGAGGGCAGGCUUCAUUUUCUUUCCAUCAGCACUUUGGGGGCCCUGCCCUGGAUGGUCAGUUUUUCAUAUAUAUCUCUCUAUUUUUUUAAUCAGAUUCUGGUCUCACUGCCUUAUCUCACUCCCAAGCCUGUUUUGUGCUGAGAUGAUCUGUCUUCUGGGGUACACCAUGGAUGUCUUCUUGGACAGCUUUGCUUAGAAUGGGUGUCGGAGAGGAGAGAGACAGCAGGUGUGUGCGUGUGCGUGUGCGUGCGUGUGUGUGUGCGUGUGUGUGUGUGCUUGUGAGAAAGAGAGCACGCACAUCUUUGAGGAAAAGGUAUUCUGCUUAUAUUAAAAAAAAAAAAAAUCCCUUAACACCUCACGGUGUUAUUCUUCACCAUGUUUAUGUUAUUUUUUAAAUUUCCUACCCUUGGCAUGAGGGGAAAUGAUUGAUAUUCAAGUAAGUUCUCCAGAAAAAAAAAAAAAAAUUCCCAACUCGGAUUUCUGUGUCAGCUCAGAAUGUAUCUUUUUUUCAUGCUUUGCUCUUUGGAUUUAUAACUCUGUUUAGACUAUUCCAUACAUUUUAGGUAUAUUUUGUGCCUUCAGACACUGCAAAUAAUAAUCAGCAUUUGGAUUAAAGUUGUUUA